GCGAUGCUGUCAGCGAAAAGAUCCAGUGUGCCUGAAUAGCGGUAGCAGUCAUCCAUCCCAUAUAGACAUAAAAUGCUAUUUAUUUCUAAGGCGUAUCAGUGGACUUGCCAGUUGUUGUUAGAAGUAGCCCAGUUAUUUUCUUUCUAUAAUAGGAUAUUAUACAGGCCAAGAUAUUAGAUUAGUUAUCGGCCGGGGUGAAUAAUGCUACAGUCUUCAUCAUCCGGACUGGUGCAGAUGGAGGGAUGUGGGGAAGAGGCGAGGGAUACGCAGAAAAUGCAGUGCAUGAAACUGACUAAAGAGAGAGAUGAAGCAGAGAGCCAGCUGAAACACAUCAAGAGAGUUUCCCAAAUGGUGAUCGAGGAGGUGAGCGUUCUGCAGACGCAGCUGGAGAUAGAAAAAUCCUGCAGAGAAAAUGCUGAGGCCCUUGCCACCAAGUUGAACAGUGAGAACAGGAAGCUGAAGUAUCUGAGCCUGUCGUCUCGACCCUGUCUGGAUGAGAUGCUACCUAGUAUCACAGACUGCAUGCCUCUGGAAGAGGAGACGGACACACAGGACACCAGCCCUGACCCGUGCAGCCUGUCCAACAGCAGGUUGAACAGUGAGAACAGGACUGAAGUACCAGGUACCUACCAGACCCUGUCACAGAGAUGUACCAGGUACCACCAGACUGCAUGCCUCUGGAAGACAGACGGACAACAGGACACCAGCCCUGACCCGUACAGCCAGACAGUACCAGAGCUGCAGGAGACAGUGAGCACUCUGCUGGAGGAGAAGAAGAGACUUUCCUGUCAGCUUCAGGAGCAGCAGAGACAGAUUGAAGAGCUAAAAGCCCUGGCUGAGAAGGAGCAGGCUGAAAUGAAGGAGCUUCACAAAACCAUUGAGCAGCAAAGCAAGACCAUCAAGAGGUUCAAUAGAGUGUCUGUGAUGGCUACUACAGAGUAUGAGGAGAUGAAGGAGCAGCUGGAUUUGGAGCAGAGCCUGAGGGUGAAGGCUGAGACCUACGCCCACGAGAUGUUGGUGAAGCAGAAAGAGGCUAACAGACAGAGUAUGAUCCUGCUGCAGAACGCUGACCCAAGCCUGCAGCUGAUCAAGGCUCUGGAGGACGUGGCUAAUGUUACCAAGACUCUGGAGCAGGAGAGACUGCUGCAUCACCAGAAGGUGAAGGCUCUGGAGGCUGAGCUACAGGAGUACUCUCUGAAACAGCAGAUAGCAGAGCUGCAGAGCCAGCUGGAACUGAUGGAGGAGGAGAAGAGAGAGACAGAGGGACGUCUGCAGGAAGUAGAGAAGAAGAACCGUGACCUAGAGAAAAGAGUGCAAGAGCUGCUGCAGGUCCAGCAGAGCACUGAGCCCUCACCAGGCCCUGUACCAGGGAUCGCCCCAACCCCCGCCCCUGUUCCCCAGCCCCCUCCACCACCACCCCCUCCUCCUCCUCCCCCUCCCCCAUCGCGAUGCAACCCCCUCAGCUCACUGAUUGCAAUCAUGAGGAAAUCAUCCAAGAGUUCAAAGGGGGGAUCCCCAAAGUUACAGCAAGCUCCUGAAGGAGCUGCAGAAGGAGGUGCAGAAGGAGGUGCAGACAACGUCAAAGUGAAGGCAGUCAAUGAGAUGAUGGAGAGGAUCAAACAUGGAGUGGUUCUGAGGCCUGUCAAGGGAGGAGACUCUAAGAGAGGGGUCGUAAAAAAACCUCCAGUAAUGGAAGAAAAGCUGCCACAGGAGAGUGCCAUGGAAGAACUGAAAGGCAUUCUGGAGACGGUGAAGAAGAGUCCCAGUCGGGGGUCUCAGGAGUCGGUCCCGUCCCCCCCAGGGAAGAGCCCUGUCAGCAGUGAGCUGGAGGUCAUCCUUAGGAGGAGACGUAAACAGGCCUGUGACUCUGGAGGAGAUGAGAGCAGGGACGGACAAAUAAGCAAGGUUUCGUCCUCUGACAGCCUGAACGGGAGGCACAGCCAGAGUUCCCACAGCUCCGACAGCUCUGGCAAAGAGCCAGAGGGGCCUACAGGACCAGGGCCUGGGCAGAGCCCCAGAGAGCCAGCCUCCCCCAGCGGAAGGGGCCCCGGCCCAGCCGUAGCAGCCAGGUGCAGGUCAGACUCUUGCCAAGAGCCCCAAGCAGGGUCCUGGCAGGACAGGAGGUCCCGCACUUCUUUGUCUGAGAAAGAGGUCUACUCUGAGGCACCGGUCAUCAAUGGAUGCAAUGUCAGUGGGGAGGAGCCUGAGGAGCAGAAGCCUGAGAAAUGGGCACCACAGCCCAACGGAAUCAGCCAUCUUAACCCUAGUCUGACUGUGGAGUUGGACACGCAUACCACACACUCUACCAGCCUCUCCGCAGGGCCCAACCCACUCAACGGGAGCACAGAUGCAGAGUGUUGAAGGUCGGCUACAGAGGUCCCUGGGCAACCAGGAAGGCAGGCAGGCUGAGGAAAGCUGCACAAUUUUGCACAGAAUCUCAGUUAUCUGCAGUUAGAGACACGUGAUUAUAAAAGCUUUAGGUUAUUUUAUUUUAUGCACAAACUCUCUCGAUCUGAUGUGGCUUUUGUGUCAUCAUCUAAUGCACCGUUUCCGAAUACAACCUUUUUAUUUGAUCAGUCUCUCUCUUUCUCUCUCUCUCUCUUUCUCUUUCUCUCUUUCUCUCUCUCUCUCUCUCUUUCUCUCUCUCUC